AACACAUACUAUGCUGAAAAAUGUUGCCACAUCAUGACAUAUGGCCCUAGCUGAGCCCAUCAAAGGCUCACCUGACUAACCAGGGGUGUGGCAACAUAGAAGCUCUAUAAAUAUAAGCAUGUCAAGAAUUUCAUUCAUAACAUGGACAAACCCCAUCCACUGAGCUGCAGCACUCUCAAACCAGACUUACUUGGCAGACUCAUCAUGCUCAGACCACGCACACUUCAGCAGCUCAUCUCCUGCAUGCUGUUGCUCCUCGCCUCCCUCUCCAGCUCAGGGGAGAGCCGGCCUCACGUGGCCCACCAAGGCAUCUACCAAGGCACACCUGAUGUGGGCAUAACAGACAGCCAGAGGGUCCUGCUUCUGGAGGCGGUGAAGACGGGGAUCCUCGCCUCGUUGGGUUUGGACCGGGAGCCCAGGCUAACUCAAAAUGCCUCGCAGGAAGAGCUCACAAAGAUGUAUCAGCUCUACAGGGAAAAACAGAGAGAGAUGAGAGGAAAUUCCAGCCAGCCGAUGAGGGAAACCUGGCAAUCCACCAUGUCUACCGUGCUCUUUCCAGCUACAGUGGAGCCAACGAAAGUGGUUUGGAGGGGAGCACACCCACAACGCAUGCAUUGGUACAGAGCUGUUUUCCACAAGAACCCCAAUAUCCAGACUGAACUGACACUAGCUCGGGCUGAGCUUAAGAUUUCCAGGCAGAUUUUAAAUAAACCCACCUCAUUUCAGCCUGAGGUAAGACCAGAAAUUAAAGUUAAGGUCAACCGAUUGAAACCAAUGAACUCUGCUGCAUGGACACACUCUCCAGUGAGUGCCAAUGCAUCACACACUCAAUAUGUGGUGCUGGACAUCAGUCCUGAGGUGGAGAGGUGGAUGAGGACUAAUGGUGGAGAGGAACUAUUGGUGGAUGUUGGAACAGUUGUGGGGGACAAAAAUGCCAUCAAGGCAAACCCAAACAUUUCCCUGGAGUUAGGCCUCACACUGCCCAAACCACCCAGGAAGACAAGGCUGCCUCGCUCUAACAAGGAGGACGUGUGCGAUGAGCGAGGAUGGUGCUGCCGGAAGUCUGUCACUGUGUCCUUUAAAGACAUUGGCUGGGCGGACUGGGUGGUGGCCCCAACUGAGUACACAAUGCAUUUCUGUGACGGCACCUGCCCCCACAACUACAAGCCUGCAAGCAUGCACACACAGGUGAAGUCGCGGCUGCAUCAGAUUACCAAAGGAGGGUCACCUCGCCCCUGUUGUGUGCCGGCCGCCUAUGAGCCCAUGGUCCUCAUGCACUAUGACAGUAGGGGAAAGUUGAAGCUGACUCCUUUCGAUGACUUGAUUGUCAGUAAAUGUCACUGUGCCUGAGGAACUGUGCUUUUGUUAUUUAUUUAUUUUUUUCAACCUUUGGAUGAGCCACUAAA